UUGCGGCGAUCUACAUGAGAUGCUGGGAUGGCCGCGUAAUGUGUAUUUUGAUGUUUACUGUUAAGUGUCUUAUGGUUAUUUGAUUUUAAAAUUGUCCGUAUGAUGAGCCGAAGUAGAAACAAUGCUCAUUAUGACGGAAAAAUUGCUGGAUUAUAUGAUUUAGGUGAUACUUUAGGUCGCGGCCAUUUUGCCGUUGUCAAAUUGGCCAAACAUGUUUUUACUGGUGAGCAAGUUGCCGUGAAAGUAAUCGACAAGACAAGAUUAGAUGAUGUAUCUCGCGCUCAUUUGUUUCAAGAAGUACGAUGCAUGAAACUGGUGCAGCAUCCGAACGUUGUACGUCUGUACGAUGUAAUUGAUACCCAGACCAAACUGUACUUGAUUUUAGAACUUGGAGAUGGAGGGGAUAUGUAUGAUUACAUCCUCAAACACGAAAACGGUGUGGAUGAGGAAACAGCCAAAAAAUACUUUCGUCAAAUUGUGCAUGCAAUUUCAUAUUGUCAUAAACUUCACGUCGUACACAGAGAUCUUAAGCCCGAGAACGUUGUUUUCUUUGAAAAACUGGGCAUGGUUAAGUUGACUGAUUUUGGUUUCAGCAACAAAUUUUGCCCAGGACAAAAAUUAGAAACGUCCUGUGGCUCUCUUGCUUACUCAGCUCCUGAAAUUUUACUUGGGGAUUCUUACGAUGCACCUAAAGUUGAUGUUUGGAGUCUUGGUGUUAUUCUGUACAUGCUGGUCUGUGGCAGAGCACCUUUUCAAGAAGCCAAUGACAGUGAAACAUUGACAAUGAUUAUGGAUUGUAAAUAUACAAUUCCUCAACACUUAUCUCCUGAAUGUGUCAGACUUAUAGGUGCAAUGCUGAUUCGAGAUCCAGAAAAACGAGCAACAUUAGAACAGAUUGCUGAUGAUGAAUGGCUAAAUAGUGGGGAUGCCAUUCAACCAGCUGACCAUCUACCUUUGAUUUCUCGAGAGCAUUUAUCAGAAGAAGAUCAUACACAUAUUGUACAGAAGAUGGUAAAUGGAAAUAUUGCUUCCAAGGAGGAAAUUAUUGAAGCUUUGGAUAAAAAUGAAUAUAAUCAUAUUACUGCAACUUAUUUCCUUCUUGCUGAACGUAAAUUACGUGCCCAACGCCAAGAGAGGGCCCAAAUGAUCAAUAGUCGGAUCUCUAGAACCGAUUUAUCACCGGUAGCACUUACACCUAGUGUCUCAUCGGCAGUUCCUUCUCCUGCUCAAGAAAAACCAAAUGCCUCAGUUGAAGGAUUGCUUUCUCCUUGCCUCCCGUCCAAGCCCAUGCAAGCUAAUGACUUCAAUCCCCACUUUGGCUUAAUGGAUGUUUCAUCCCGUUUUUCAAUGGAAGCAACUGGUCCUAAUAUCCCUUUUCAGCGUAAAUGCAGCAUUGUGAGGGAAGAGGAAGACGUCUGUAGCACAGCCAGUGGUGCUUCCUCUCCUGCCAAAUCGCCCUCUGUUGAAUCUAAAAGUUUGAAAGAGCAGCUAUCAAAAUUGGAGGAAGACAAAAGCGAAUCUUCUGUUAAAAUUUCCUCUCCAUCAAAACCGGCCUUUUCUCUUCCAGUACCAAAUCGUUCAAACUUCCUGCCUCCCUUUGAAAUAAAGACUAGCAAACUCUCACUCAAUCUAGAUAGUAGCUCUAGCCAUAAAGGCAAUCGUAGGCUGCACUCUGUGCAGAGUUCGCCUCAGUUGCCGCUUAAUGAAAUUAAUGAAGAAAAAGAUAUCAGUGAAAAAACCACGCCUUCCCAUAUAGGUGCUGCCAGAAAAAAAUAUGUUGGCAAGCUUCAAUCUCGGAAUACAGCUAUUUCUCAGUUAAUGAUGAAAAAAAUGGAGCAGCAAAGGUCAGACAAAAUUGGUGAAAGCCCAGAUUCUUCGAUCAAAAUGGAGAGUUCUGGAAAGGAUGAAGAUAUAAAAUGUGAAGUGGGUUGCAAUGAAAGUUUGUCCAACCAAGAUUCCAAAUUAAUUAGCCUGACAAUUUCACACAAUGAGCCGGCUCGACAUAAAGAAUUGGAAGGCUCUAAAUCUUGGAAGGACUCAACCACUGAUUGUCAAAAUCAGCAGGUAAAGAAAGCUUCUUUUGCUCAUUCCGUAUUUUCAACUGAAAGUACUGACAGCUUAGAUUUUCUCUCUGACAAUCAACCACGAUUGACGAGUUCAAUGAGUUGUGGUGACCUUUCGGCAGACACUAGUCGUUGUGUGCCUCAAGAACGACCUGCCAUUGUUAGAUCUGACAGCAUUUCUCUUACUGAAAUUCCUCAGCUUGCAGCUGAGGAAGUCAAAGAAGAACGACGUCAUAAACCUUUUGUAGAUAGCACUUUCAAUAGAUACACAUCAUCCAUUGGUAACAGCGUAAGUCUGAACAGUGGUCUUAGUUCACUGCAAAGGCAUAAGCUGAAUCUCAAAGGGGACCUCCAUCGUUCACAACCUGAUAAAAUAUCAGACAAAAAUGGACGUGUGUCUACUUUGGGACGUUUUGUUCAUUCUGGCAGUCGUUCUGCCAAUAGACAAAGGCUAGAUAUUAACCAGAAUGGAUGGAAGAAAAAUGAGAGGAAGAAAGAAUUAUCUGCUGGAAGAGGAAAUCAGCAGGCUGUUGUUGAUAUGAAAUUAGCUUCCAAGUGUUGCAUGCUCUGUUAACAAAGAUUUAUCUUGUUAUGUAGAUACUUCAUUAAAUUGACGUUUUUAAGAGUUUACUCAACUCUGUCUCUGUUGAAAUGGAGUCUUCCAUGAGAAUUCCAUGGAAUUUACCUUGUAUAUAUAGCAUCUCCUGUAACCACUAAAAGUAUUUUGAAGAUGCUCAAAAUGAUUUAAUUGUUAUUUAUUGCUUCUGAGACAAAAGUAAUGUCUGCCGAUUUUUUAAAAAAAUCAUUUAAGAAGAUUUUUUAUUUUAUAUUUUAUUAGCUCUUAUGGUUAAAAUGGAAUGAUGAUUUGUUAUGAAAGAAUUGGAAAGUUGAAUCCCUUCCUCCCUUUCUCCAGAAAUUUCAUAUUGAAAAUGCUACCUAGCAUUGCAUUAAAAAUUGAGGCUCAUUAUCUAGGAAUUGAUGAUGGAGACACCCCAUCAGUUUAUUUAGUUAAAAAUAUACUCUAUUUUAUAUAUGUGCUUGUAUAGAAUGUAUAUUUAUAGUUUUUAUCAAAUGUAAUCAUUUUGUAUAGUAUAAAAUUUUUAAAUCAUCCUAUUAUAUUGUUUCAAAAUAUUUUUUAUGAAAAUGUAUUUAUGAAAAUCUUG